UUGCAGACGAUGACCUUCCGUGUUAUACAACACAUGUUAUGAAAGUCCAAAAUAAGUAUUUCCGUAUUUCUCGUGAAUUUUAGGGGAUUCCCCCAACGAAAUUGAUCUCAAUUGUUUUCUGAUGUCUAGAUGAAGUAACAGACAUUUGACACAGCAACAGAAAACAUGAUCACCGGUACGUUAGGUCGUAUUUGUGGAUCUUGCAGAACACUUCUUGUCAAGAAGGAGCCAAGUUUUCUUGGAAGAUGCAGUUUCCAAAGAAACCAAGGAUGCAGGGAUUUUUCCACCAGUCAGAGAAGACCUUACAUCAUGAAGGCGUGGCAGCUGAAGGCGUAUGGCAGUAACAAGAACUUCCAGUUCACAGACAACGCCCCGAUGCCCCCGAUAAUGUACCCAAACCAGAUGGUGGUACAAGUGUGUGCUGCUAGUGUGAAUCCCUUAGACGUCAUGAUGAGAGAAGGUUAUGGUGCGGCAAUGUUAAACAGACAGCGUGAUCCGACAGGCGUGCUUCCCUUCAUGGAACCCAACGUCAACGAGCUUCCCCUUGUUCUGGGGCGGGACUGUUCCGGCAUCGUCAUGGAGACAGGACUCAACGUGAAGGAGUACAAACCUGGGGAAGAGGUGUGGGUAGCUGUGAACCCGUACAAGAUGGGCACACACGCAGAGUUUGUACUGGUCACCAACAGUGAGAUUUCCCAUAAACCCAAAUCAUUGACCCAUGUACAAGCAGCGUCCAUUCCUUAUGCCGGACUGACGGCCUGGGCCUCUCUGAUCACGCAGGGGGGACUGAACGAGAAAACAACCAAGGGGAAAAGGGUGUUGGUCCUUGGGGGUUCUGGAGGCGUGGGAACGUUUGCUGUACAGGUUUGACCUGAUCCUGGAUGGAAUCGGAGGUGACACAGAGAAGUUUCUCUUCAGUACAGACUAUCUGAAACCCUGGGCAGGGGCCAAGUACGUCACCCUCAGAACACCCCUGCUGAAAAAUGCUGACUCGUUCGGCUUCAGCGACGGAUUACUCAAAUCAGGGAUGUCUCUGGCUGGGAAUGCGGUUAAGGGUUUAGCCUCCGGCAUCCAUUAUCGCUGGGGAUUUUUCACGCCGGAUGGGAUGGCCCUGGACAAGAUAGCAGCUCUGGUGGACCGGGGGAAGAUCCGCCCAGUGAUUGACAGAGUCUUCACCUUUGACCAGUUACCAGCGGCUUAUGAGAAGGUCGAGCAAGGUCAUGCCCGCGGAAAAACGGUCAUUUCUAUAGCGGAAAAGAGGACAGAGAUUGACGACAGCUCUUCUUUUGACAUCAUUCAUGCUUAGAUUUUGAUAGUUUUUACUUGUAAAGAUGUGGACAAUUUGAUAACCUGUACUCAAGAUUUCACACCAUGGGAUGGUGAUUUCUUUGGCAGAGACAGGACAAAGACCUGAUGACAGCAGGUCUUUUGAUUCAAGCUUAAAUUUCGACUGUACAAGUUACUGUAUGGGCCACAGUGGUCAACAGUGGUUGUUGAAAGUUUGAUCUGUGUAGUGUUGGAAGAAUGUUUAGCAUUGUACGGAAUAGCCUGAUUAAAUCUCGCUUAUAGCAGCCCGCCAAACAUCCGCCGGCUCCGCGGGGAGGGGCCAGUUACAGCCCUGGACAGCGGAGUUUGUGUUACACAGACACAUGUCCGAAGUUUAAGACUUUAGUGUAAUACUUGUUAGGAUGUGGAAUAUUGCUAACUAAAAUGACACUUAGGCAUGGCAUCAUUCACACCCGACUUUAGAUAAUACAAGUCUUUAUUCGACAUUGAAAAGAUGUGUCUCAAUCAUGAUGUUUCUGACGUAGGGAGGAGAUGCUGUCCCAGUCCUUUUCGUGUAAUCUGUGACCUUCCAGUGCUCUGCCCUUGUUAUAUUGUGACCUCCAACUAUGAAGUUCAGUACCUAGUGGUCUCUAAAAUGGCCUUGCAAUGAGCAAACACAUUAGAAAAAAGAAAACACCUGAUUACCCAAUAGUGCACCAGAUGAUCAUUUCCCUUCUAUUUUUGAAAUCAGAGAAGGGAAUACAGUUUCUGCAGGAACAUUUACGUUAUAGAUGAGGGCAGUGUUAGAAGACAGCUUUUCUUUUUUUUUUUUAUUUGGCAUCAUUCAUGCUUGAUUUUAGGUCAUAGAAGCAUGUCAAAGUAAAUUUUAUGUAUUUCUUGCAACAAGGAGUAAAACCCUGUAUACCAGA